CUCAUCUUGAUCUUUCUCUCGUCAAACUUAAAAUGACUUUAUUUGUAUCUUUUUUGUUGCUUACAUUACCCAUCAUUUCAAAUGGACUCCCGUUUUCUCAUGAAAAGUCAAACUCGACUUUCCGAUCUUAUGACAAUACAUUUAUGGAUAAAGUUUGUGGUCGCGAUACUAACCCAGGAAAAGUGCCAUUCUACGCUUCAAUAGGAUUAGAUCAUCCAAACGUGCAUUACACAAUGUGUGGUGGUGUUUUGAUUGCAGAUCGAUGGGUCAUGACUGACGUUUUUUGUAUAUCAUAUAUUUUUGGACCCAUACGAGUUGUUCUGGGGGACCAAUGGAACAACAAAACAAUUGGAGUGGAAGCAGUGCACUUCCAUCCGGAUAUAAAUUCUGAACCAUCCAUGAACAAUAUUGCCCUUUUAUUAUUGAAAGAACCAGUCCAGUUUAGUAGGAAUAUCCAACCAAUCUGUUUACCAGAGCCUGAAGAAGAUGAAACUUUUCAUGGUCGCUAUGGGAAAGUUGCUGGUUACGAAAAACUAAUUCCAGGACAGGAAAAACCUACAUCUACAAAUAUGCACAUAAAUACGUUGCCUAUUGACAGAUCUGAUGAUUGUGAUGAAUUUUUCAAAAAAGUCGUUAAAAAAAAUAUCACUGAUUCCUUUUUUUGUGCUGGUUACCUGGAAGGACGAAAAGAUGUAUGUUUUCCUGAUCGUGGCGAUCCGUUCAUGGUCAAAGUUCGAAAACAUUGGGUAAUUGCUGGAAUCACAUUGAUUAAUAAGAGCUGUAAGAAGCCUCAUGCACUCGAUAUUUACGUUAGAGUUGGAUUUCAUUUGGACUGGAUUAAAAGAACAAUAGAACAAAAUAAUAUUUGAAAUGUAGAUCGAAAAGAUUUAAAUUGGUUUUUG